AUGAACCACGGGAACGGGAUGUUGAAUUCUGUCAAGGUGGAGAGCCGGCUGUCAAUGGGCGCUGCCAAUGGCCAGCCUAGGCCGAUGGAUGUGCUCCAUGACGGCGGUCCGCCGCCGUUCCUUACCAAGACGUACGACAUGGUUGAUGACCCAACCACGGAUGCCGUUGUGUCGUGGAGCGCCACCAACAAUAGCUUCAUAGUUUGGGAUCCUCAUAUAUUUGGGACGGUGCUGCUGCCAAGGUACUUCAAGCACAACAACUUCUCCAGCUUCGUUCGGCAGCUCAACACUUAUGGCUUCAGAAAGGUGGAUCCUGACAGAUGGGAAUUUGCUAAUGAGGAGUUUCUGAGAGGUCAGAGGCACCUUCUCAAAAACAUUAGGCGUCGGAAACCUCCACAUUCAUCUCCAAGUCAACAAUCUCUUGGCUCUUACCUUGAGGUAGGGCACUUCGGGUAUGAAGAAGAGAUUGAUCAGCUGAAGAGGGACAAACAGCUCUUGAUGGCUGAAGUAGUGAAGCUGAGGCAGGAGCAGCAAAAUACAAAGUCAGAUCUACAGGCCAUGGAAGAGAAAUUACAAGAUACUGAGCAGAAGCAACAGCAGAUGAUGGCAUUCAUGGCUCGAGUCAUGCAGAACCCUGAGUUCAUGCGACAGCUGAUCUCCCAACGUGAGAUGAGGAAGGGGCUUGAUGCCAUCUCAAAGAAAAGAAGGCGCCGCAUUGAUCAGGGACCUGAAGCUGAUAGCAUGGGCACUGGUUCUAGCCUGGAGCAAGGGUCUCAGGCAGUGUUUGAACCUGCUGGAGCUGGUCGAAUCACUUGCCAAUGGUGUGCCAUCUGA